AUGUCCAAAACGGUGGAGAUCCAGUCGCCGGACCAGUUCAGUGAGAUUCUUGACAAAUCGCGAAUCGUAGUGGCCGACUUCUAUGCCAACUGGUGCGGACCUUGCAAACAGAUCGCCCCUUUCUACGAACAACUAUCCCAAUCCCUGUCGAGACCGAACAUUGCGACUUUCGUCAAGGUCAACACCGAAGGCGACGGGGCCAAGGACGUUGCACAAGCUUAUGCUGUCACAAGUCUGCCCACCUUCAUCAUCUUCCGCGAUGGCAAGAUCGUCGACAAAGUCAAGGGCGCAGACCCCAACAGGCUGAAGACCAUUCUGGAGAAGCUCGCCAAUGAGAUCGAGACGGCCGGUGAAGCUGGCGGAAGUAGCAGUGGUGGCGGCGGCAUGACAUGGCUGGGUGCUGAUCUACCUCGCGGCUAUUCCGAUAUUUCUGACAUCGUCGACGUCCGCGGUCUGGAACUGCUGAACGCAGAUUCCGAGUUCUCCGUCCGCACCCUGUUCAACAAGCCCAAGCCUGCAGGUUUGGGCAAGAGCUCAUCCGAAGACAAGGACUGGGUGGAGAGCGACACGGACGAGCAGCUUUUGCUUUUCGUGCCCUUCAACUCCGCUGUCAAGCUGCACACUCUACAGAUCACCUCUCUGCCGCCGAACGCAGAGGACGACGACGACGAAGACGAGAUACCCGUGAGACCAAAGACCAUCAAACUAUUCACAAACCGUCCUCAUAACCUAGGCUUUGACGAGGCCGACGAUAUCCAGCCGACGCAGGAAAUCGAGAUUCAGGAGGGCGACUGGAACGCCAAUGGCACCGCUAGCAUCAGCUUACGGUUCGUGCGAUUCCAGAACAUUUCCAGCCUCGUUCUUUUCGUCGUCGAUGGUGAUGGCGACAGUGAGAAAGUGCGACUCGACAGGGUGCGGUUGAUUGGAGAGAGUGGAGAGAAGCGAGAAAUGGGCAAGUUGGAGAAGAUCGGGGACGAGCCGGGCGAGUAG